AUGACGCUCAUUCUGCUCCUCGCUCUCAUCACAGUCAGUGAAAGUGACGGCCGCAGCGUUGUUGGUCGAACAGGUGAAGAUGUCACUCUCCCCUGUCAAUAUGACAUCAGACAAUACAAUGCGCUUUCAGUUUGUUGGGGCCGAGGACAAUUACCAAGCUCAGGCUGCAACAACCUGCUCAUCUCCACAGACGGAUAUAAAGUCAAAGAAGAUGCCAGAUUUUCUAGCAAGUAUCAGUUACUGGGACGACUGGAUAAAGGAGAUGUUUCUUUGACGAUACUGAACGUCUCAGAGACAGAUGCUGGACGAUAUGGGUGCAGGGUGGAUAUACCGGGAUGGUUCAAUGAUGACAAACAUCACUAUGAUUUGAAAGUUGAGAGAGGUCAGGUGGCCUCAACAGAGCUCCCCCAAACUUCCUCCUCCAGCAGCAGCAUCACAGCCGAGAACAGCAGCUUUAACGUGGUUCUGGUGUGUGUUCUGUUUGGAUUAGUAGCUUUGGUCAUGACGGGCACAAUCAUCAUUAUCGUGAGAAAGAGGCAACUCAAAAACCCUCAGCAGCAGCAGGUCAACAGUACUGUCCGUUUCAGCACGACCUCGUCCAAUCUGCACCUCCAGAGUCGAGGUUCGGCGGUGGAAAACAUCUACCAAAUAGACGGAGGCGUUGAUGGAAGCGAGUAUGAGUACUGCCCCUGAGCUCUGAUGCUCCGCCCAUUAACCUGCAGCCCUGGGAGACAGAAAGAAAAGUUCUGGACAAAAAACAUGAUUUCCUGAGCUCAAUUUAGGAGGUCUUCAAGAAUCCUGCAAUCCCACAAACUGCGACCAGGAAAACUUUUUAAAGGGGGAACCGUCCUGUUCCAAACAAUGAGACACUGAACAGAAAAUGCUCUGUUUCAUUGACAUAAAACAAAAAACUAAUGAUGUGUACUGUGUCCAAGUUUAGCAGAAAAACCAACAAAGCAACUAGUAGUCCCAGAGAGCAUUGCUGUAGGAACAAUCAGACAGCUUGGCGACAUCAUGGCAGACAUUACAAUACAAGUCAGAAACUAGUAAUUAUGAACUCAAAUAUGAUGUAAACACAAUUUAAAGUUUGUGUCAUAUAGAAAUUAUUACACUAACUUAUUUCUGUCACGGCAAUCGCAUCAUCCCCAAGUCUGUGAAAUAUAAAAUAAUAUAAUAUAAUAUAUAUAAUAAUAAUAUAAUAUAAAACCUGGAUGCCUUACAAGCCAAAGAAUAUUGUUCAAGAUAAUCAAAUGUAAAUCUAAAUGUAGGAUGAUCAUGGUGAUCAUGAUCAAGUUGUUUAAGUAAACAACCAACAACCAUUUGGUCUACUUCAUAGACUGUAUAUGAAAAUGAAUGGCCUGACAGCUGCCAGAUGGUUUCUGUCAUUUUAGGGAGUUCUCCUUACACUGAUGUAUGUUCAAGUGUUCAUUUUUCAGAGUUUGGCUUUAAUUAGUUAUUUCAUGCUACAAAGUGGGGGUGUAGCGCCAUGAUUGACAGCGCAGUGCUUGAGUCGGGCCCGCGUUUGGAAGUCCAAAUAACAUCACCAGUGCAAGAUGAUGCAUAGACUUUAGAGUUAGUUAUGCAGAGAGAGACUUUAAUGCUCUGUUACAUUUUAUUACAACUUCACAGAUCCACCAGCCUUUACAGUCAUAUAUAUAUUAUAUGUAACACUAGCCCCUUUCAGACAGCUGUUUUAAGCAGCAAUAUUUAUGAAGUAGUAACAGAAGUGUUAAAUUGGUGAGACUGUUAGAGGUGGAAUCAAUGUGAACCAGUGGAGCUGGCAAGAUGGAAAAUAUGUGAUGUAUGUUAUUUGUCUGACCAACACUCGGGUAAUAAGAAAGAAAGUGGAUCAGUAAUCAAAUCAUGUUCAGCAAAAUUUCUGACAAUAAUCGCCGCUCUCUUCCCUUAUUGUCAUUGUUGGGGGUAAUGUGUUACAAAUUAACUUCAGCUGAGGAAAAGCUUGACAUUUGACACACCGAGCAGCAGAGAGACAAGCUAUCGCUAGCUGCUGAGCUAUGUAGCUAACAGAAUUGCAUAACACACCAGAUGAGAUGAGCUAUAAAGUAGCUACAAGAAGGAGAGAGAUAUAAGUGCUGAAGCAAAACUAGCGGAGGUGUAAAUAAAGUGGACAAUCCGCUAUGAUGUGUAACUUUAACAGAGUUAACUGUAUUCAGUGAUGUGCACUUUAUAUUGUGGCAGAUAAAAAACAGUUUUUGUAUGUUGUUGACAUGGUUUGUAUGAUCAAUAGAUAAAUUAAUUAAUUAAUUCAUUAAUUUGAAGAUGUCAUGCUUUCCAUGUUUUCUUUUGAGUUGGUAGUGUGGAUAUGUCUUUACGAUAAAAGGGACAACACACCAAGCGCCAUAUCUAAAAAGUAUUUAUGUAGGUCACUUUGAAAUUACUUUAUUAAUUAAUUUCAAUAAAGAGUAACUUAGCACAUACAUACUGUACUGUGCUACUGUGCUACACUGCCGCUGCCCUGUAACAUGGCGCUACUGUCUUCUGCCACUUGCUCCGCAAUGCCGGGUUGCAAUGUGAAUGGACACCAAUAUUACGCCGUAACAGAAUCAGUAUGAAUGUCCUAUGGCAAAAAUCUGGCAGGGCUCAUUAUGGCACUAUCAUGGAACUUUGCAUAAAGGCCGUCUGAAAGUGGCUAGUGUUCUGUGAUAUGAAUUGUGAUUAAUGAGUGUGAUGGUGAUAGUGAUUACUGUUUUCCUGUUUAACCGUAACAGUUUUUACUUGUAAAUAACUUUUGAAGUUUGCAUACGUAUGUUUUCAUGUGAUCAUUCACUAUCAUUCAAAUAAU